AUGAGCACUCUAAAUUCAGAUGAAUCCGAUAAUGAAGAUUAUUUUGAUUGGAAUGAAUAUAUGAAGUAUACAAAAAGUCAACCAGCGCCAGCAGAAUGUUUCAAACAAUCUAUUCAACCUCCUGUGAAUGAAUUCAAAAUAGGUGAUAAAGUCGAAACAAUUGAUCCUCGAAAUGCUACAUCGUGGUGCAUUGGUACAAUUAUAGAAAAAUGUGGACCAAGAUUAAGAUUACGAUUAGAUGGGACAGAUGAUCGGAAUGAUUUUUGGAAAUUAGUCGACUCAGCCGAUAUACGAUCAUAUGGAUCAACAGUUAAACUGGGUCAAUCAAUCGUGCCACCGCUUGGUUUUCAACAAAACUCUACACGAUGGCUAAAAUAUUUUGAAAAACAUGUUGAAAUGGGCCCAUUUGCAAGUGAAACAUGUUUUAUAUCAGAACCUCCAUCUCCUAAAACAAAUUUCUUUGAAGUCGGUCAAAAAUUAGAAGCUGUUGAUCAAAAAAAUCCGCAUUUAAUUUGUCCAGCAACAGUUAGAGAACUAUUAACUGGAAAUCAAAUGCGAAUAUCGUUAGACGGAUGGAGUAAUCAAAAUGAUUUUAGAAUAUCGUGUUAUUCGAGAGAUAUAUUCCCCUGCGGUUGGUGUGCAAAAGUAGGAUGUAAAUUAACAGAGCCUGGUAGUAAUGUAUAUAAAAAUGAUUUACAAUCAAAAUUAUUUAAAGAUAAUAAAAAAUCAUCACCACCUUCGUUAAUUCCAACAGUACAAGUAACACCUGUUGUUCAAGAUCCAGAAUUAUCGUCCAAUCAUAAAGAUGAAACUGAUAUAAUUCCAAAUUCGAACAGUUUGAAAAGUUCUCUACCGUCAGUAAUGUCAAUAACAAAUGGAGAAAAAGUUAAAAAACAUCAUCAUCGACAUCAUAAACAUCAUCAUCAUCAUAGAGAACCGAAACAUGUAAAAAAUCUAACAUCUUCAUCGGAUGAUUCUCUCCUAACAAAACAAACAUUAACGACAGAUGAUCACUUUAUAAAUGGAAAAAAUAUGACUGAUGACCACAAUAACAUAAUUGAUAAAAACCAACAUUCAGCUCUCAUACAGAAUGGAACAAUCACAGAAACUGAUUUAAAAACAGUGACUGCUUAUUUGAAUUGUUCUGGUGAUAACGGGGGAAUGUUAAUGAAUCCUCAAAAAUUACGUACAUUAUUACCGUCCAAAUUUGGCCCAGAUGAACCAUCAAAAGUUUUAAAAUUAAUACUUGACUCGUGUUAUAGAUGUGCAUUUCAAUCGUCGUCUUAUAUUGAUUUAAUUCUUAAUAUGACACCAAUUACGCUCCAAAAGUCAAAAAUUGAAAUGAAUAAUGGUAAAAUAGUAAAUAUACCAGAACUGAAAACGUCUAAUGACUUUUGGGAUAUAUUAAAAACAUUUUUAAAUACAAUACAGGCUGGUUCAGACUUAUUUGUACGAAAUCUUCUGCCACCUGUUCUUGAACAAUCCAAUCAUUAUCAAUCAGAAAAUCAAAAUGGUACAUCAAAUUCACCGACAUAUUUUCAACCAUCUAAUUCAAUACCAGAUUCAUUAUUAUUGGCUAAUACUUCUUCCAUUGAUAAUAAGAAUAAACUGAAUGGUGAUAUUAAUAAGAAAAAAGAUAAAACAUUAAAAGCUAAACGAUCAAGUUCCAAAGAUAGAUCUGUUUAUGAUUCAUUGGUAAAUGAAACAAGCCAUCAUCAACAGCAGCCAAAAACGUCUACACCAAUAGUACAAAACGGAUCAUCUUUAUUAACAGCAAACUCAAGAACAAGACAAUGGUCACCUCAAUUGAGUCAAGGACGAACAAUACAGAUUAAUCAUUAUUCCGUUGAGGAUGUCGCAAAUUUUAUUCGUCGCAUUGACGCCUCAUUUGAACCGUUAGCAUUGCGUUUCACUCAAGAAGAAAUUGAUGGUAAAGCCUUGUUAUUAUUAAAUACAGAUACAUUAAUGAAACAUUUAGGCUUAAAACUUGGUCCUGCAUUAAAGAUAAUUCAUCACAUUGAUACGUUGAAAAAAUAA